AGUCUGAAGAAGGGUCUCGACCCAAGACGUCACCCAUUCCUUCACCUGCAUUUUGUGUCUAUCUUCGGUGUAAACCAGCAUCGGCACAGUUCCUUCCUACACAAUCCCAUUGGCGAUUUUGCAGACAACACGGUGCCGGCUUUUGCGUAAGCGUGGUCAUACAAACGGUAAUGUCGGACAUUAUGGCAUCACAGUUUGGGUAAGCGACGUGAUGCAAGCGCGAUCAAUCGGAUUGUUCAGCUGGGCGGAGAAGUGCGUCAAAACAGCACAAAAGUACACGUGGAACGGAAGAUUGUUACGAGAUUCAAAAUACUGUUUUUAAAUAAAAAGACGAAAGUUUUUAUUUGAAAGCCGGUGGCGCUUGGACCGGAAACAAUGGAAAGAGCUGCGAGAUGUCGCGGAACGGCGAUGCAGAAGCUCGGGGAAGUCUAGUGUUUAAAGUGAAAUAACUCCCCACUGCAAAGCCUCUGUUGGUAGACAGAGUCCUCGCGUGGUGUUAUAUCGAACACAGAAUCUAUGUUCCUUAGAAAACAGACUUCAGUCUGGAGGAGCCGGCUCAAUGGGCUCAGCAGAUCACAGAUUCAACUUAGCCGAUAUCCUGUCUCACAAUUACACUCCUCGGGAAGAAGAAGAGACGCCGGAGGCCGAUAAAUCGUUUGAAGAUCUGGAAAGGGAAAGUGAUGUACCUCUGGAAGAACUUCUAGCACUUUAUGGCUAUGAAGCAUCCGAUCCAAUCUCUGAACAUGAAAGUGAGGGCAGCUCUCCCAGCGAACUUGCUGACAACUUACCGGAUAUGACCCUGGACAAGGAACAAAUAGCUAAAGAUCUUCUUUCUGGAGAAGAGGAGGAUGAAACCCAAUCUUCAGCAGACGAUUUGACUCCAUCAGUUACUUCCCAUGAGGCAUCAGAUCUUUUUCCCCACCCUUUGAGAUCUAAUUCUAUUGAAGAUGAUAAGGAACUUUCCUUAACGGAUGAGGAUUCUGAAGAAGAUGAUUCUAUUUUGUCGAAUGACUGUAAAAAGGAAAUUAUGGUUGGUCCUCAGUAUCAAGCUCCAAUUCCACCUUUUAUUAGUAAAUAUAGGCAAAACGAAAAAGUUUAUGAUAAUGAAGACCAGCUGUUAUGGGACCCCUACGUUCUCCCAGAAAGACGAGUGGAAGAGUAUCUGUACAAGGCAGUAAAGAGAUCGAGAGAGGAGAAAAUGACAGAAACCUUGCCUGAAGGAAUACUUGUGAAAGAUAGUGAACAGGCUUUGUAUGAGCUGGUAAAAUGUAACUUUAAUGCCGAAGAAGCUCUCAGAAGACUAAGAUUCAACGUCAAAGUGGUGCAAGAUGAAUUGUGUGCCUGGAGUGAAGAGGAAUGCAGAAACUUUGAACAUGGACUUCGUGUUCACGGGAAAAACUUCCACCUCAUACAGGCAAAUAAGGUACGAACCCGUUCCGUGGGAGAGUGUGUAGCAUAUUAUUACAUGUGGAAGAAAUCCGACCGUUACGACUAUUUCGCCCAGCAAACAAAAUUUGGAAAGAAGAAGUAUAGCCUUCACCCAGGUGUCUUAGAUUACAUGGACCAGGAUUUGGAUGGUAUUGAGAGUGAAAGUUGCAGCCGAGCUCCAAGCUCUCCACCCAUCUCCUCCACGACCAGCAGACUAGACUCUGAGCAGGAGUCUAUGCUUCACAACUCAGAGCAGCAAGAUGUGGAACUUGCAGUUUGCACCAUGAAUAAUAACAGCCAGAUGUUUGAGUAUUGCAAUCCUGCAGUGAACGGACCUGAAACGAAUUGUUCUAUGGAUCCAAUCUGUGGCCAAGGAAGAGUUACCCCCACACGUGACUGUGAUGCUGUUACUUUAAGUCAAGCAGAAUCUGGGUUUUUCCAGCUGGAACUGGAUCAAGUCAUUCUGGACAGGCCAGCAUUGGAGAUGUCCACAAAAAAGUUGAAGAUGGAUUUCUCACUGCCUAAAUCGUUUAAUGACGGGCUGCCUGACAAUCCCAGCAACGUGGUUUUUGAAAACCACACUUCCCACAUUGCUCAAGCAAAAAUGUCUGUGGCCGUGACGGAUUUCGGAAGUAUUGAUGUUGGGGACGUGAACAGUUUGCUCAAUGCUCAUACAUUGCACCACUCUGCAACUAUUCAGUCGGAAUCUUUAUCUCAGUGAGAGCGAGGCAUCUCACAGAAUAUUUUAUUUAUAUUUUACUUUAAAAGUUACUGAAAACUAUUUUUUGGCAUGACAUCAGUGAUGUCUUAUAUUUAUUUACAGUGCAUAUUUGUUUCUCAAGAAAAGGAACCAUUUAUUUUUGGGCCCAGGUACAUGAAUGGGAUCUAAUCCUUUGGAUGUCACAUGGAGGAGACUUUCCCCACAUUUUUACAGAUCAAAACCUUUUCACCUGUUCAGUUUUUGUAUUCACCUUGUCAGUAAAAUUGGAUUCAUAAUGUUAUCACCGACAAAUCUCAUUCAUGACAACUAUUCUAGUCAUAAACAUUUUUUUUAUUGUGCAUGGUGUUUAACGUCUAAUGUUAGUCAUUUGCUACAUCUCAAGAAAUUAAUCAGUGUUCUUUUUUGGAUAAAGACGUGUGCAUUUUGUGUGACAGAUUUUUUUAGUAGUAGCUUGAUUAACCAAGCCAUCUGCAAGGAGCUACUUUCAUGACUUUAAAAAAAAAAAAAGAAAAUGAAAUAGUUGUUCCUUUGGUUUGGGCAAAUGUGAGCUGAUUGACUGGAGUAAGUCCCAUUCCCUGUUAACUGUUUAACUAUCUCCCAUUUGGAUUUAACUGUUUUGGAUGAGCCCACCUUAAACUAUUCCAAGCUGAUACAGAACAGUGGCCUGGGUGGCUGAGAGUGUACCUAAUAUUCAUUGAUUCACUACAACCAGUAUAGAUAGUACUAGGGAUUGAUGAAUCUGAGUCCCAGGGACUCCAUAUACCAAACUGUGAACUAGUUGCUGUAUGGACUUUAUGCCACUAGAUGAUGGUUUCUGGUAAUACUUUACUGUACAUCUAGUGUUAAUAAAGGGCACUCACUGCAUGGACCAGAGACAAUUUGUAUUUCCAUGAACGUGAGGGUUGCAGAAGUUUGCUUUUUUUUCUAAACUAAAGCUGGCAAGUAAGAUAAGCAACUGAACCCCACAUUAAAUAAAAGUGCAAUUCCUGUUGGAUAGCUGCUAAGUCUCUUUAUAAAAAAAAAAAAUUAAAAAAAAGCCAGUAUAUUUUCCCAGGCAUUCUUGCCAUGGUCCAAUUGGAAUGCAUUCACUGGUUGUUUCCACCUUGCUGCUGCCCUGUUACCUGGCCAUUAAGUUAAGCAUUUAGAACUGCCUUUAUUUUUGAAAUGCUCUUCGUUUAAAGCACAUGCCGAUUUUGCAUAUCAGAAAGACGAGCUGUCAGUACAUCGAUACAAUUGACAAUUGAUGAUGAUUAACCUGGCCUGCAUUGUGAUUGGAAUCCUCCUCCAUCAAAUAAAGUCAAAGCAUUUUUAAAUUGUAAAACUACAAUGUCCUUUGUGGAACACAGAGUGAGGAGUUCUCAGUAUUCUGCACUUGAGUUGCAUCUUAAUUUGGAUGGUGCCAUCUUGAACAGACAGGUGCUGCAAUAAGCUUUACCUUUCAGCAUAUUUUAUAAAACACAACUUUAACAAUCUUGCACUGAGAAGGUCUAUGCACUCAAAUGCUAUUAACUUUCUCAUACAUCACAUAAUGCUGUGUUAAAACAAUUCCUGUCUUGGGGAAACUGGUUUGAUAACUGCAUCUAUAGAACUGAUGGGGACUAAAGCACAAACUUUAUGCAUUAAAGCCAUUUGUGCUGUACUUUGUUUUUUUUUUAUAAAUGGCACUGAAAAUGUUAUCAGUCAUCAGAUCACUUUACCCUCUUCUCCCUGUACCCAUUUCAGGCGCUGUGCACUUUUCCUUUUUGUUGAUCCAAAGGUCACACUUGAUAUGAAAGAAACUCUUCAGUGUUAAUAUGACAUUGCUUGCUGUUCAGUAUUUUUAGACUAAGAGUUGGAAUAUAAUUUAUUUUUUACUUGCAGUUAACAAGCCUAUUCAAUUCAGAUUGAGAUGUCUCAAUAACCUUGAUGUUUGCUGUAGAUAUCUAAGUGAAAGGUUUUCCCUCUUUCUGUAGCUUUUUAAAUAUAUGCUUUACAAUCCAUUUUAAUCAAGGUUUAAAAAUUGCUUACUUUGUUUGAAUGUCUGUAUACCCGUGCUAUUGUUAAAUGACUUCAUGACGACUUCAAUGAUUAAUGCAAACAAUAGAUCUUUAUUCUUUUGGAUACUGAACCCUGUGAGGAAAGUGCCUAUUAGGUUUGCAGAUCAUCAUUGUUAUAUUUGUGUAUUUUUGUCAAUCUUGGCUCGAUGGUAGUUCUCUGGGUCAGCAUUCAAACUUAGUUCUCGGGAUGAGCACAUAACCAGUUAGUGUUGUUUGCUCGAGGUGAAGUCUUUCAGGUAAAUUGUUGGACCAGACUUGUGAAAGGUCCCUUCAAACUAUACCAAGAAAAAUAGUUCUUGGACAUUAUUUGCCAUUAUUUAACCAUUCACCAGUAUCACUAAGUCAUCUCUUGUGCUACAAGUAAGAUGAACUGACAGUUCAAUUUGAUGUGGCUUUACUAGAGGCACACUCUGAAAUAAUUACGUUCUCUCCCUAAGAAAAGAUGAAGGUGACAUUUGCAAUUGCAUCAAAUGUCAAGAAUGUUAAUUUUUAAGCCAUCUGAAAGGAGCUAUACUUUCAUGACUUUUAAAUCUGUAGGUGUUGCAAGAUGAUAGUCACUCCUUUGAGACCCAAUAUAUGAUUGAUUAUAUCCAUGUCAUAACACAACCCUGUUUGUUGUUAAAAGUUCAGAUUUCACAACAUAAAAAUAUUUCCUUUAAACUUGUGCUGCUCUUACAAUUGCCUUUUCAAAGUUCAUGUCUAACACAGAUCAUUUAUAUCCUUGUUUAAUAUCGAGCGAGGCUCUAUUUAAGAAAAUCUAUCAUGUCAAUGCCAAAGUAUUUUUCAAAGCUUCUACAAUGUUAUUACUUUUUCUUGAUAUUACUCCCUGCAAGGAAUACACAGUACUAGCAGGAUAAUUACUCCUACCUGUACAUCAUCAAUUCCAUCUUUUAUGCUUUGAGCACAAUUUCUUUUUUAAUGAUCUGAUAAGAGUGAAUCUGGAAGAAUGAUUCUUUUGUAUUCAGUUUCUCCAUGCAGAGUAAUUCAUAUUUGCCCAGUUAGUAUUAAUGUGUUGAACGCACAUCGUAACAAGAACCUCGCAUUCCUCUAAUAUUGCUGCCAUAAUGUGUUUAUUGCCAAAAGAUAAUUUAAUGCAAAAAAUAAUAAUUCUUGGAGCAAAAUCAAAUGUACCAAAGCUCUGUGUAUACAUUAGGAAAGUAUUUAAUAAGAUCCUCUUGUAGUGAAGAACCAUAAUCCCCAAUAUUUACAAAUAGCAGUUUACCUUCAUAAUAACGGGGGGAGGGAAGAAUGAUGUCCGUUAUUGUCAAUUGUCCACUAUAACACAGUAAGGGGGGUAAAUAUGUAAAAUAUUGGAAAAGGUCAAUGAACCAAUGACACAAAAUACAUAAUAAUUUAAACUUUUCACCCGAUACAAAUGGAUGCCUGAGUAACAACAGAUUUUGACCAUUAUAACCACAAUCUGUUUUUAUAAACAUGUCCGUAAUGACAAGGGUAAAACGAUGGUUAAGAUGCUGGAUUUUCUUGCAACUUUCAGCAUGUUGUUUGGUUACUUCUUUGGGAAGUGUAUUUUGAAUGGGGGAGGGAACACUAAAACAGAAAUCAUCCUUGAUUACUUGUGUUGUGUUGUUGCAAGCGAAUCGACCACUGUCUAUACCGUCUGUCUCGCGUUUUGAAAUAGUAUUGAGAGCAGACAACUACUGACCAAAGCACUCGCAACUGGAAAUCAAGGUCAACUUUCUUCCAACAUGUCGAAUUGCAGGGGUUUUUAUGCUACACAAAUCUCAUGCAACGGUUGAAAAUACUAACAGCCACCUCAAAUUAUUCCAAUGAAUUCAUAUCUGCACUGUUAUAAAAUGAAUGAGUGCAACUUCUUUUUAAAGAUAUGACAUGGGAAUGAGAGUAAGUGAGACCAAAUAUUAUGAACAAGUGAGCAAUUUGCAUAUUUUAUCUUUUGUCCAAAGUUUCCACUUUCAAUGAAGUGGAGUUUUUAUUUACAUGCUCUUCCACAUCCACUGGAGGGCAGCCCUUGUUUAAAGUACCACUGAAGGUCUAUUUUCCACCCUGAUGGACAAAAUCAGCACCAUAACUUUUCAAAUAGCUUGUCUUUUCAAUGUUCUGAUCAAUGCCCUUUUUAGAAACUUCAUUUAAUUUUUCUAGAUUUUGUGGAGCAACAAGUAUGAGUUAUUUGGAAUAGCUGAGUUACCGAUGUACUUUGGUAACAAAUAUUUUUAUAAAGUACAUUGGUAAACACUUUUUGAAUGUUUUACUUUAAAAAUUCUUUAACACUUUCCUGCUAUUUUGUUAGUUGAAACGUGCAGUUUCAUUUCAAAUUAAUAACCCACAAAAAUAUGAUGCUUUUGGUGCUUUACCCUUGAAUGUAAUGUUUCUUGCUGUCAGAUGAUGGAGUAGGAAUAUUAUUUCAAUGUGCUCAUUUGACAGCUGUCCAAUCUUUAGAUUUAUUCUUAAAACUACUGAAUGGGCAGUCAAGAUUUUAAUACUCUUGAAUUUGCUUAACAAUUAGAAUAUCGAAGUUUGAAGCAUUGUUCUGAUUUUAUUACUUUUCCCCAUUUGAGUUUGUUCCCAUUCGAGUUGGUUCAUAGUAGUCGAAAUUAUUGAGCAUGACAUGGCCCUGAAGAUAAUGAUCGCUGGUUGUCCUUGUUCAUAGAUAGUGCUGUGCUGGCUGUAUUAUGUUUCUCGCGAUAUAAUUUCUACAUGCAUUCUGUGUACAUUUCUUAACAUUUUAUCUGCCAUUGUGCUAUUGCCACCUCCUGUUUUUUACUUGUGCCAUAAGUUUCCCUUGUGCAUCCGUUAACACGCUCACACUGCAAUGACCGGAGAAUGGACUCAAAAAAAAUUAAUUGAACUUUUAUUUAAAACAAGGAUACAAUCUUGCAGCAAAAUAACAAUCGCAAUAUGUCCAAGAAUUUAUUUUUCUGAGAGGACUGGAUGGAAAGCAAAAUGCAAUAGCAGGGAGUGAACAUGAUUGUAUCUUAACGUUAAUUUACCCCAGCCCCAAGAUAUUUGUUAUGCAGGUAAGUUCAGAGCUCUAUAUUUGCAGCUCAGUCAAGGGAAAUCAAUAAUAUCUGAUUAAUAUUGAGGGGAUCUACUGCAUCUCACAUAAGAAGAGUUGAACUUGCAUGGAGGGUACAGGUAGAGUUGAAAAUAUAUAUUCCUGAGUGUCAUUGGGCAGAAGCCACCCAAGGAAAUGACCAGGUUUGCAAAAAAAGUAGAACUAUUAAGUUGGCUUAUAUUAAUUGUCACAAACCUUGCCAAGUUUGCAUUUCCAAAGCUAAUAAUGGAUAUUUCCACUUACCAAAAGUUAUAAUUUUUUUUUAAGUGUCUACAAUUGUAGGUGCAAUGAAUGGAUAGAGGCAGCAAUAAGUCGUGGUCCCAUAAUGUAUUAUACCAUAAGAGAGAGUGGGUAUUCUAUUCAUAUUGUGUAGUAUAACCCCUGAACUAUCAGCAGAUGUAUUUUUGUGAGUUUCCUACGGGAAUGUGGAGUUACGAUGCAAUAUUAUUCCUAUAAUACUGUGGCAUUGAUAAUUUCUAAUGGUACAUAAUAUACCGGAUAGUCGGUUGCUGCAUAAUAUCUGCCAGAUGUUUUUGUUGUAUAAUAACUUGAUACUCUGUCAUUGGACUGAAUUGGAAGAUUGAAUAUAAAUGUAGUAUGUAUAUUUGUACAUUUUCAGCCAUGUAUUUUAAUCUCUGCAAUCCUUUAUAUACAUGUAUUUGAACGGUAUUGAACCCUUUCACAGACCUGAUGAGUUUUUAAUAGACUUAAUGUCAGCCCAAAUGCAUCUUGUUCAAAUCUGCAUUGGUUAUAAGACAGAAAAGUGGGUAAAAUUUUUAGUGAUCUUUAUGCAGUAUACAUCAUUCAGACUUCUGAUGGAUUGGGCAAAAGGUGCUUAUCAAGAUGUUCUAUUGUAAUGGAGAUAUGAAGAGCAACUUAAUUAUUUAGUUGCAAUCAUCCUUACCUUUUGUAUAAUGGAGUCCUAACCAAUGUUAAUCGGCAAUGAUGAGAGUGAGGAAUUUGGAUAAAUAUUUGCAGUCCAAGAUGUUAUAAUGUACUUCAGAACAAAAUGUGAGAGAUUACUGAUAUUUUACAGCAUUUUGGGUUAUUCUUGGGUAAUGUAACCAAGAACACACUGGCCAUGCAUUUGCAAAAUGUGGUACCUUCUAAAGUGCUACACAAUGCACAACUGAAUUAUUUGAAGGGAAGUGUUUACUUGUAAAUGAAACGAAGGAGGUGGUAGUUUUAAAAAUAAAUAAUUUGUCAUGCCGGCUGCUACUAUUCAACUUGCUUCUUUGCCUGUGUUCUUUUGUUAGCUCUCCUUAAUGCUCAGUCAUUGUACAUCACAACUUUACUACACAAGGGGUGUACAAGCUGAACAAAAACCUGCUCAAUCUUUUCUUUGCUUUCUUUCAAGUUACAAAAACAAAAUAUUUAUUUGGAUAUUUCUGCCAAUUUUUCACAUCCUUUAGGUGAUAUAUUUAAUUUUGUUCACUAUUAAUUUCAGCUGCUGAUCUCAACUUUUUGCACUUGCUCCAGUUUAGUUUAGUUAAAUGAACCAAAGAUCAAAGCUGGCUGAAAAGUUCAAGUGUAAUUUUUGGUUGUAAAUGUGUCUUAAAGUGAUCAGGUAUGAAAACCAGUUAAGCCCCUGUACGUUUUGGCACUUCCUGCAUGCAUGCUGAUUUUCGACUUUCUUUGUAUCAUGAUCAUUGUGCACAUUAACAAAUGCAUGCAAACCAUUCUAACCUACUGUUCACAGAAGUAAGAAUAUUUAGGAUUAUCAAUCAUAACAAUGACACAUGACUCUCUCAAAAAAUGUAGCAAUUUGAUCCAGAGUGUUACUCAAACUGACCAGUUUCCAGACUCUACCCGAUUGACCUACCACCAAGAGGUUUCCAUCGGUGCUCUGGGUCAAGAAGCAAAAUAGUUGUGUUCUCUACUUUUGAUAUCCAUCAACCCUGAUGGAAGUGCAGAAUUUUGGUGUGGACAGAUUGAAUUGAUCAUGCUGUCCCUUAGAUUUGUGCACUCACCCUGGUGAGGUUUAGAAUGCCAACUGGCAACUGUGAAAGUGUCGAAGAAAUGGGAGGGAGUGCAGUUCCAUUUGAUUGUAUUUCUUGUGUUUUUUUACAUGUAGUUUUAUUGAAAUAGAUUUAAACCCUGCAUCAACGUUUAAAAACAUAACGUUUAAUUUUUGAUAUUUAAUGAUCAUCACCCUUGAUAAAGAUCAAUUUUUUAACAAAUACGUGUUUACUUUCAUGAUUUUUCAAAAUAACAUUAAGCAGCGGUAGAGUUGCUGCCUUGCAGCGAAUGCAGCGCUGGAGACCCAGGUUCGAUCCUGAGUACGGGUGCUGUCUGCACGGAGUUUGUACGUUCUCCCCGUGACCUGCGUGGGUUUUCUCAUGAUCUUCGGUUUCCUCUCGUACUCCAAAGACGUGCAGGUAUGUAGGUUAUUUGGCUUGGUAAAUGGAAAAAUUGUCCCAAGUGGGUAUAGGGUAGUGUUAAUGUGUGGGGACUGCUGGUUGGCACGGACCCGGUGGGCCGAAAGGGCCUGUUUCCGCGCUGUAUCUCUAACCUAAACUAAAACACUAAAGGACCAAUAACAUGUUUGCAUUCUCCAAACCAUGCUUUGGAAAUAAUACAAAUGGGUUAAAUGAGUUUGGCAUUGAAUGUUUUUUUUUUAACUUUGAAACUGCAAAAUAAGACCAAUUGUUAUUUGUGCAGAUGUUUUCAAGAAUCAUUUGAAAUAUGCCUUCAAGUUGGCUGGAGUGGAGAAAGUCUAUGUAUCUUUUAACACUUCAUGCAUGUUACAUGUAUAGAUAAAGGAUAGAUUAACAAUCCGGUAUUUGAUUAGCCGGUUGCAUAUCUGUAAAUUGCAACAUUCCUUGUAUGAGACUCCCCUCAUUACUCCCAGAGUCAUUACUACAGCUUGACACAAAGAAGUCCAAAAUGCAUCAGAAAUUCCUGGUGUAAAGAAGAGAGAUAGUGUUAAAAUAUUUUUAAAUUAUACUUUGUAAAUAUAACUUAAGACUAUGACUAGGAUAACUUGGGAUAAAAUUGGUCCAUUGGAGAGACAGAGUGGACAGCUAUCUGCAGAGCCAAAAGAGAUAGGGGAGAUAUUGAACAAUUUAUUUUCUUCUGUAUUCACCAAUUAGAAGGAUAUUAAAUUAUGUGAGGUAAGGGAAACUACUAGUUUCUAUGUAGUAGCUAUGGAUACUAUGUAUACUACUAGUAGCUAUGGAUACUAUGAAUUUCAAAGUAAAAGAAGUACUGACACGUUUGAAAAAUAUAAAAGUGGAUAAGUCUCCAGGUCCUGACAGGAUAUUCCCUAGGACAUUGAGGGAAGUUAGUGUAGAAAUAGCCGGGGCUAUGACAGAAAUAUUUCAAAUGUCAUUAGAAACGGGAAUAGUCCCCGAGGAUUGGCGUACUGCGCAUGUUGUUCCAUUGUUUAAAAAGGGUUCUAAGCGUAAAUCUAGCAAUUAUAAACCUGUUAGUUUGACUUCAGUGGUCGGCAAAUUAAUGGAAAAGAUACUUAGAGAUAAUAUAUAUAAGCAUCUAGAUAAACAGGGUCUGAUUAGGAACAGUUAACAUGGAUUUGUGCCUGGAAGGGUCAUGUUUGACUAAUCUUCUUGAAUUUUUUGAAGAGGUUACUAGGGAAAUUGACGAGGGUAAAGCAGUGGAUGUUGUCUAUGGACUUUAGUAAGGCCUUUGACAAGGUUCCUCAUGGAAGGUUGGUUAAGAAGGUUCAACUGUUGGGUAUAAAUGCAGGAGUAGCAAGAUGGAUUCAACUAUGGCUGAAUGGGAGACGCCAGAGGGUAAUGGUGGAUGGCUGUUUGUCGGGUUGGAGGCAGGUGACUAGUGGGGUGCCUCAGGGAUCUGUGUUGGGUCCUUUGUUGUUUGUCAUGUACAUCAAUGAUCUGGAUGAAGGGGUGGUAAAUUGGAUUAGUAAGUAUGCAGAUGAUACCAAGAUAGGGGGUGUUGUGGAUAAUGAGGAGGAUUUCCAAAGUCUACAGAGGGAUUUAGGCCAUUUGGAAGAAUGGGCUGAAAGAUGGCAGAUGGAGUUUAAUUCUGAUAAAUGUGAGGUGCUACACCUUGGCAGGACAAAUCAAAAUAGGACGUACAUGGUAAAUGGUAGGGAAAUGAAGAAUGCAGUUGAACAGAGGGAUCUGGGAAUAACCGUGCAUAGUUCCUUGAAGGUGGAAUCUCAUAUAGAUAGGGUGGUAAAGAAAGCUUUUGGUAUGCUAGCCUUUAUAAAUCAGAGCAUUGAGUAUAGAAGCUGGGAUGUAAUGUUAAAAUUGUACAAGGCAUUGGUGAGACCAAAUCUGGAGUAUGGUGUACAAUUUUGGUCGCCCAAUUAUAGGAAGGAUGUCAACAAAAUAGAGAGAGUACAGAGGAGAUUUACUAGAAUGUUGCCUGGGUUUCAACAACUAAGUUACAGAGAAAGGUUGAAUAAGUUGGGUCUUUAUUCUCUGGAGCGCAGAAGGUUAAGGGGGGGACUUGAUAGAGGUCUUUAAAACGAUGAGAGGGAUAGACAGAGUUGAUGUGGACAAGCUUUUCCCUUUGAGAAUAGGGAAGAUUCAAACAAGAGGACAUGACUUCAGAAUUAAGGGACCAGAAGUUUAGGGGUAACAUGAGGGGGAACUUCUUUACUCAGAGAGUGGUAGCUGUGUAGAAUGAGCUUCCAGUGGAAGUGGUGGAGGCAGGUUCGUUGGUAUCAUUUAAAAAUAAAUUGGUUAGGCAUAGGGAUGAGAAGGGGAUAGAGGGAUAUGGUAUGAGUGCUGGUAGGUGGGACUAAGGGAAAAUAAUUGUUCGGCACGGACUUGUAGGGCCGAGAUGGCCUGUUUCCGUGCUGUAAUUGUUAUAUGGUUAUAUGCUGUAAUAAUGUUAAAACCUCUAGUUGGUAUGUUGUAGAUUUCCUGAACUGCCUGGAUUGUCUGAAAGAAGCAGUCUGCUGCAAAGUAGGAUGUAACCACCAGAUGGUGAAACAUGUUUAUUUUUGUUGUCAUUUAGCUGGAGAGGUCGACAACACACUUUAUGAAGUUGUAAUGGUUGACAACUUUCUGUGCCUGUAAGAUUUUAUAUUCGGACAUUAAAAGAACGUCCAAGAACAUUCACAUUUUGCGAACAUGCGCAGUCUGACUUCCAGAAAUCUAUUUUAUAUUGCAUAGUAUUUUAUACUUGCGAAUAAGAUUCCCACCAGGCACCCUUUGAGCUAUAUUUGCACACUUCUGUUUCACGUGGACAGAUAUAGUAACAUCAUUGUAGCAUAUGCCAGGUAUUUUGCAGUAUUUAAAAUAAUAAUGAGAAAUUUAUCAUACAGUGUAAAUUGCAAAACAUCACGUUUUGAACCAGCUUUUAAGAAACCUGCAAAGCGUUUGAGAGCUUAAAACCCCAUAGUACUGAAAGAAAUGACGCUUUUGAACAUUCCAACAGCCAAUAAUUACUUCCAUUUGUGUAAUAAAAGUUGUUUUUUGCGUAUCUUACCAUUUGACCUGAUGUGUUGUCCAAUAAAUACAUUGUGAACUAUUUUAAAACUAGUUACCAAUGCAGUUACAUUUGCACAAUUAAUAAUUUGCCCAGCGUUUUGAGAUUACUGUAACAUAUUAAGCUGGAACUUGUAUAUUAAGGAUUUCAUGACAAUACCGAAGUCCCAGUCAUUUUAUCCAUCAGCCACAACCUGCCUUUGUUUGUAAUAAUGUUGCAUCCAUCAUGAUCUUAAAACAGAAACAAUGAAAAUCUAAAGCAGUGGUGAAAGCAGAUAUCUUGCAGGUAUCUAAUAUCCUCAUUUUCCCUGCACGUGGAAUUAAUUCCAUGACCACUGAUUUGGAAGAUUCCCAGCCCACCCUUUCUGAAACUGCACUCUGUGAAAAUGCCAAAAUUGGCCAAAACCUGUGUAUGUAAUUUAAUAAUGAAAAGUAUUUCAGAGUUGUGUUGUGUGAGAGACCCUUUUAUUUUUCAUAUGUAGCUGUAGAUAAAACAUUGGGUGUCCCACUAUAGUUAGAAUAGGAACAUUGUUUUCAUUCAGGACAGAAUUGACACACACAUUGAAUUAUAUGCACAAAAUUGGGAAGCGAGAAUGCUAUCAUCUGAAAGCGGGACCUAAUGGGAGACUUCAAAACAUUCUUAUGUUAUCUUCAGCAUGGGUUGUGUUCAUCCUUUGCAAGGGUGCAUUUUGCAUGAACGCCACUUGUUUGAGAAAUUGUGCAUCGAGAUCAAAGGUUAAUAUCAAACCAUGUUCGAACGGUUAAAAUAAAAGGGGCGAAAGUGUAGACAUUUGCAAAUUUUCAAUUGGAUAUUUUACCAAUACAGAAAAUUAUGUUUUUUGAGACCAUCAUGGAGGUGUUAUUCUUAGUAAUUGGUGGACUGCAUGUGACACAUGCUCCUUUAUGCUUGAUGAAACGCAAGGAUACAAGACUGAAGUUGUGAUUUCUGUUUGCCACAUGAAAGCUGGUUGCUCGUGUUAGAGAUCUUAUUGUAUGUACAUGGGAGGGAUUAGUUUUCCCCUUAAUUUAAAGAAAAAAAUGCAUCACUGAUUUUACAUUCAUUGGUUUUCAGUUGUGAGAAAUUGCUUCAUUAACUUUUAGGUGCCAGUUUUGAGUGUAAAUCUCAAAAAUUCUCAAGACAUUUUAUUUUUAUUGCUUUAAUUGUCUGUCACCUGCCAAAGUAAUGAGGUUUUGAAAGAAUGUGGGUCUGUAAAGCUUAUCAUGAGAAAUGAGACCCUGUUAAGUUGACUUCCAAACUGAUGCACAACACAAGAUGCUUUCUUUCCCCAAUGAAGUCUCCAGAAA